UGUUUUCGGUUGUCAUGGUGAGCAUGUAGCCUACUUCCCAGUGCGUUUAUUCCCAGUGAGGUGCGGAUUUUCUUGAGGUGCUAAAAUGUCCAAACCAGAGAAGACACCCCUGGAUGUCGUCCACCAAAACGCAAUUCAUGUUGAAACCAUCCAGAAAGAACAAAGAACCCAGAAACUCUACACGGAGUUCAACAUCAAUCCAUACAAGAAGCUCCAUGUUCUGACGGACAAGCCGACGGUCGGCGGUGAGGAGAUGGAGGCGGUGGAGGAUCAUUCCUUCAUACAAGCCCAUCAUCACGCCUGGCUGGAGCCGACCAGGAAGUACCCCCACCCCCAGACGGAGAGCCAGGAGAUCGGCUGGUUCUCCAAACCACUGAUCGUCUCAGACCGCAGCGACCGGAGACUGAGCUUCCCUCGUCAGAACACAGAGAUCACCAAGUACAUGGACGCUGCCUGGCGCCUCAAGGAACAAACUCGCAACCUCAGCUGAUCGGCCUGAACACAAGUUGAACAUCCACAGCCUUGUACGUACUUGCAUAGUACAAAUAGCUGAUUAAAAAGAAGUUAUAAUAAGAUGGUGCCUAUUUCAUGCAACAUCAAUACAGGCAAAGACACAUAUAUACAUACAAUGUUUUAUCAAAAAUGUUCUUGUUUAUUUGUUGGACUUCAUCUUCUUGCGCACAGAUUUUCCUGGCCGCUUCUGAAAGCAUAAGAGAUAAGGUGUUUAGAGGAACGCCCGUACAACAGGUGAACUACAGGUGGUGCAGUGGUUGGACCUACAUUCUGCGCUCCUUUGCCGCCCUUCUUGCCGCCCUUGCCGCCCUUCCCGUGCGCUGUCUUGGACCGGAACGUCGACACGUCGUUGUGGCUCUCCUUUGUGUUCCACUUCUUUCCGCUCUUUUUGCCGCCGAAGCCGAAGCGGUCGUCUUUGGAUUUCCUCUUGGCGUUGGGGCUGGAGAGACGACAGAAGAGCGGUCAUUAGGAUUCUCCUUCGAUGAUGUAAUAAUAGCGGAC